AUGGCUGCUAUCACUACCACCACGCCUACGACAUCUACAACCACACCGACGAUGCAGAGUCCGUUUGCGAUCCCACCUGAGGAUGUGGCUGCGCUCGAGGCCUCGCCGGGUUUUUGUGUGUUGAGGGCUUAUCUGGCGAGGGAGACCGACUUCUGCCCAACCCACACAGCCUGCACCCCCGCGGCCAAACAAACCUUCCUUCUCCACCGCGACAUCCUCCACGCCCUCAUCAUGCCCGUCGUCGCCCUCUUCACCCGCGCCUCGGCCCUCGCCUCCGCCGCACUGUGCUCCCCCCGCCCCUCCGACCUCGAACUCGCCUUCGCAGGCGAAGCCCGCGACGCCUUCCUCUGCCUGCAAUGCUUCAUCGCCGAGGAAAGCGAGUGGUGUCACACACGCGGCUGUCCUGCCUGCGUCGUCACCGAGACCCUGAGCACAGAUAGCCACAUCCGACUCACCAUUGCCGCCAGCCUGCUCAGCACCGCGGGCGUGGCCUCACCUGGCCAAGGCGUUGUCGACGGGCGUGAAAACGGUGGAGAUGUGAAUAGGGUGUUGCCGCCUCUGCCGCAUAUCCUGCCUGCGCUCAGGGACGCCGUGGUCAACGAUCCGUUUUGGGAAGGCCCGGAUAUCUGGUCGUAUAUUCUGUCGCGCGCGACGCAGCUGUCGGCGGGCAUGCAGGCGCUGAUUGCAGAGUGUGUCAAUCUGGAGAGCUUGGUGUCGAGUCCGGUUUGUAGUGGACGUGCCGCGGAGCAAGAGGUCAAGGGCGGCACAACUACAACCACGACAACCACAGCAACAACAACAUCGACCAAGCAGACAAUGCAUACUUUAGCAGUGCGACUACCCGGUGCCCAACCAGCACAAGAAAAAGGCGUCAGGCUGCGCAAGAGCAAGCUGGCUAAGCGACAAUUGAGACUCAAAGACGAAGAGCUAGAAAUGAUGCGUCGCGUGGCAAUGCAAUGUUGGGCACAAGCUAGAAUGCCCAAGGCGCUCAGAGGCGAGGUCCUGGGCCUGGGUAAGAAUGCGCGCGCCAGGAGUUUGACUUGCCCUUGA